AUGUGCAUCUCCGGUACUUGUGGGAAGAGGCGCGUUCUUCUAUCUCUCGUCUACCACACAGAGUUCUCUGAUCGGAAGCAACCUGCUAAAGGUGGCCCUGUCAUGAUGCACCCGUACUGGCAGCUGCUGCGGAGCCUGCUCCUCACCAUGGCCAUGGUCACGUGCCUGUCCUACCACCUCCUCAUCUCCUACGUCACAAAGCUGCAGGCAGCCAACGAGGGCGUGCUUGCGGGCGCGGGCGCGCUGCGGUGCGCGUGCGGAGAGGGGUGCGUGAGCCUUCUGAUGGGGCCACGGGAGGGCGUUGUGUACGUGCCCCUAGAAAAGUACCGCUGGCAAGGGGGCGUCUGCAAAGAGAUCGCGGUCAACUUUGUGGUGAACUUGCUGGUCGGGGCGUUUGUGUCGGUCAUAGCGGACCUUCUGUAUUGA